AUGGGAUACGAACUCCAUGUUGAGCCAUCGAAAUGUACGAUUACUACUUCAGGCGGCAAGUCAAAACAUAAGUUAAUUAACUAUUGUGAUAGAAAUCUCGCUUACAAGAUUGUUUUUGCUGCUGGAUCGAAAUAUUCUGUGCCACCAGACAAAAUGAGUGGUGUUAUUGAUGUCGGAAAAAGUGCAGAAGUUGAAAUUACAAGAAAGACUGGGAAAGGUCCUGAAGAAGUGAUGACUGUUGAGUAUGCACCUGCGAAUCCAGAUCCGAGCAAAGGAAAAAAUGGUGAAAUCGCAGGGCAGACGGUUGUGAAACUGAAGCCAACUGAAUAA